AUGAAAGUCUCCAUGGCUGCCAUCUCCCUCUUCCUCCUCCUCAUCACUGGUGCCCUGGUGUCCACGGCUAAAUCCUCUUCACAAAUUCCUGAGUCGGUGAACCAUUCUCCCACCUGCUGCCUGAAGUAUCAUGAGAAAGUAUUGCCAAAGAAAUUGGUGGUGGGAUACAGAAAGGCCCUCAACUGUUACCUGCCAGCAAUCAUUUUUGUCACCAAAAAGAAUCGAGAGGUCUGCGCCAACCCCAACAACAAAUGGGUCCAAGAGUACAUCAAGGAUCCCAAUCUACCUUUGCUGCCUCCCAGGAACUUGGCCCAGGUUAAAAGUAUUAGAACAUAG